GUUCCUGGGUAGCACGUUCGUCCGCGAAGUGGCCUGGAGUGCAGAUCCACCGACACCCUGUUCCCAAGCCUGGGAUGAACCGCUUUCUGCUGCCGGUGUCCGUAGUGGGCACGGUGAUCGGCGGCACCGUGCUGCUCAAGGACUAUGUCGCUGGUGGGGCUUGUCCCAGCAAGGCCACCAUACCUGGGAAGACUGUUAUCGUGACAGGAGCCAACACAGGUAUCGGGAAACAAACUGCUUUGGAGUUGGCUAAAAGAGGAGGCAACAUCAUUCUGGCCUGCCGUGACAUGGAGAAGUGUGAGGCGGCUGCAAAGGACAUUCGCGGAGAGACCUUGAAUCCCCGUGUACGUGCUGAGCACCUAGACUUGGCUUCCCUCAAGUCCAUCCAAGAGUUUGCAAGGAAGAUCAUUAAAGAGGAGGAGCGAGUAGACAUUCUGGUCAACAAUGCAGCCGUGAUGCGGUGCCCACACUGGACCACUGAGGAUGGCUUUGAGAUGCAGUUUGGUGUCAACCACUUGGGGCACUUUCUGUUGACAAAUUUGCUGUUGGACAAGCUGAAGGCCUCGGCCCCAGCACGGAUCAUCAAUCUCUCGUCUCUGGCUCACGUUGCUGGGCACAUAGACUUCGAUGACUUGAACUGGCAAACGAAAAAGUAUGACACCAAGGCAGCCUACUGCCAGAGCAAGUUGGCUGUUAUCCUCUUCACCAAGGAGCUGAGCCGCCGGCUGCAAGGCACUGGUGUGACUGUCAAUGCGCUGCACCCUGGUGUGGCCAGGACGGAGCUGGGACGACAUACGGGCAUGCACAACUCUGCCUUCUCCAGUUCCACGCUUGGGCCCUUCUUCUGGCUGCUGUUCAAGAGUCCCCAGCUGGCGGCUCAGCCCAGCACAUACCUGGCUGUGGCAGAGGAACUGGAGAAUGUUUCGGGGAAAUACUUUGAUGGACUCAGAGAGAAGGCUCCAUCUCCUGAGGCUGAAGAUGAGGAAGUAGCCCGGAGACUUUGGACUGAAAGUGCCCAUUUGGUGGGCUUGGACAUGGCUCAUGGAUCCCUUGGGAGAGGACAGUCCAUCCCCAGAUAACCUUCAGAGAUCCAGAUGGAGCUGCAUUUACCAAGACUGCUGCUGGCUAUGCCAUUAUCAUCCUCUAGGGGCAGUGUUGCACUGUUGGAAUCUCAAGACCAUGGCUGCUAGCUGCCAUGACCUCAUCAUUCUCUAGGGGCAGUGUUGGUACUAUCAGAAUCUCGAGACUGUGGAUGUUGGCUGCUAUGUCCUCAUCAUCCUCUAGGUGGCAAUGUUGGUUCUAGCAUUUUUUUGUUAGCUGGCUACCUUGAGUUGGACCACAGGUAGGUGUUGACUUGGGGUGGCAGGUAUGUACUCUGUUGGUUACUGGGGAGAUGGUCCAUCACGUGUCUCCCUUAGGAAUCGAAAAGGGGAGGCUGAUAGAGGAGUCAGUCACUCUAGUUAUGGGCAGUGUCCAAAGGCAGUGGGCACCAAAGCUGCUGUGGUGGACUGAGAGGUCGACUAUUAAAGAACAGGUAAUCAGGCAAAUAUGGCUAUAGAUCUUUGUGGGCCCUUGUACACGUCUGCCUCCUCUCUGACUUGGCUGUUGUUCUAGUUUGCUUUCUGAUGCUGCGAUAAACACCAUGACCAAAAUCAACUUGGGGAGGAAAAGGGCUUAUUUACCUUACAGGAUAUAGUUUAUCAUGGAAGAGGGAAAACAGAGCAGAAACUCAGGACAAGAACUUGAAACAGAUACCAAUGGAGAUUUGUUCCGAGGCAUAUGUCAAAUACCUUUCUUUUAUUUUUAUUAUUAUUAUUUUUUUAUAGCAAGGGUCUCACUUUGUAACCUUGGCUUUCCUGGAACUUGCUAUGUAGACCAGGCUGGUCUUGAACUCACAGAGAUCUGCCUUCCGGGAUUAAAGGCAUGUAUUACUAUGCCUGGCCCAUGUACCAGUGCAGGCCUACCUGCUCAGGGAUGGCACCAUCUGCAGUGGGCUUCUACCUCCAACAUCAACUAGCAAUCAAGAAAAUGUUCCACAGACAUUCUCCCAGGGCAGUCUGGUCUAAGCAGUUCUUCAGGUGAGGGUCCCUUCGUCCUUUAGGUAUGUCAGGUUGAUAACCAAAUAAACCAGACAGCUCUUGAUUGCAAACUGCAAAGGGUUGAUGCUACCUCAGGGAUGGAGUGGGCCUGAAGCUCUUGUCUGAUCAGUAAAGGGCAUCUGUGGGCACCUUGCAUACUGGACUGUGGCUGGGGGCUGCGAUCCUGUGGAAACCCUGGCACAGACCCUUCCUUUGUUAGCCCUGAACUGCUCAGGAUGGAAUGGAGUGAAAUUGUCUAGCUGCUGCCUCAGAAAACCAGUGUGACCUGGGAUCUCUCCAAUUUCUGUGUAAUUUUAACCUUAGACUCUCAAGCUUGUUGUUUGAUUAUAAUAACAUGCUAGAGGUAAUGGCACACAUCGGUAACUCCAGCACUUCAGAGGGAAAGACGGGAGAAUCAAGAGUUCAAGGUCAUCCUCUGCUGCCCUGGGCUGUACGAGAUCCUGUCAAAACAAGGCAAACCAGUGAAAUCUCCAAACAGCUGAUUCAUAGAUUUAAAAUAAAAACCUUUAUUUAGUAUGUGUGUGUGUUUAUACACACACACAUGUAUACUACGUGUGUGUAUGUGUACAGGUUUGUGCACAUGCCCUUGUAUGUGCAUUGCAUGAUAGAGGUCAGAGGACAACCUGUGGGAAUCUGUUCUCUCCUUGUGAGACCUGAGGAUCCAACUCAGCUUGUCAGGCUUGGUGGCAAAGGCCGUCACCUCUGAACCAUAGUGCCAGCUGAGUCGUAGGUUUUAUUUUAUCCUUUCUGUAUGGAAUUUAUUCCACAUACAACUUGCCAUUUAUUCCUUUUAAGAAACUAACACAUUCACUUGUUACCAAGACAAUGACUUUCCAACAACUCCCCUGUAUUUCUCAUCCAUCCUGUUCUGCGUAAAUUAGGCUAGAUCAACUUCACUUUUUUUCCCUUUUUUGUUUUGAGACAAGAGUUUCACUCUGUAGUUCAGGCUAAAUGUGAACUCUCAGUCUCCUUGUCUGAGCCUCUGGGGUCCAGAGAUUACAUGUCUGCCACACCCUGUGUUUACAAUCGAUGUUUACAAUCAAAUAAAUGGAAAUAAACAUUUCGGUCACUAA